GGGAGACUGGCACUAGCCGCCAUUUUGUUUAGGGGCUCGUUUGGAGGUCAAGAAGGAAAAUCAGAAUUAUUUUUGAACUGCGAGAAAAAUCUUUAUUUCGCGGGUUGCGUAAGAGUAGCAGGGAAAGAAAAAGCCUCUAAGCUGGAGCCCUAUUAAGCUGUGAGCUGGUAUCAUGAGCUGGGAACCGUAUUUACGAGACAAGCUUAGAAAGCAUCCCCAUGCAGAGCUUUGCAAGAGACAGAUCCUCGCUGCCAUGGCGGUAUACAAAGACUUGAGACCCUCCAUGCAAAAGUUUGUACACAAUGAUGGAAGAGAAUCAGAAUUAUUAUCAUUGGAUGGCACUAUUCCUGUUUCAUUUCGAGGUAGUACAUAUAACAUCCCAGUGUGUAUUUUCCUACAAGAGACGCACCCAUUUAUUCCUCCGCUAGUGUAUGUGCGUCCGACCAGCACAAUGGCCAUCAAGGUGUCCAAGCAUGUUGACAACAAUGGGCGAGUGUUCCUACCAUAUCUAACUGACUGGAGUCAUCCGCGGUCAGAAAUUGCCGGUCUGAUCCAAAUCCUGUGCUGUGUGUUUGCGGAAGAGCCCCCGGUAUACGCCAAGCCUAACAACUACCAGCCCCCGCCCCAACCUGGUUACAGGCCCCCUUAUCCAGGGUACCCCCCUACAUCCUCUUCUGCCACACCCUACCCCGCCACACCCCAUGGAAUGCCGAUGCCGAUGCCAGGUGCUGGGCCAGGCAGACCAAGACAAGGCUACCCACCCUAUCAAGGCUACCCUCCAUCGACAGGUACAGGAGCCACGCCCUACCCCCAUACCACCCAAGGACAGAACCACUUCCCAACUCCACCUGUGCCACAGAGGCCCUACCCCGCCUCGUCUGGGUACUCCCCCGUGUCUCAGUCAAACCCUAGUCCUAUGGUGGAGACCAGAUUGCAGAGCCAGCCCAGCAUUUCUGAUGACAUGAUCAAGGCGUCGUUGUUAUCAGCAGUUGAGGACAAGCUGAGACGUAAGGCAAAAGCAACCUUCGAACAAGCUCAGAUUGAGCUGGACCAGCUGAACAGAACACAGGAAGAGCUGAAAAGAGGUGGUGAAAAGCUUCAAGACAUUGUUACAAAGCUACAGAAAGAACAGGCUGAUGUUGAGAAUAAUAUAAAUGUCCUAACACAAAAGAAUGAAGAAAUAUCUGAUGUAAUUGCAAAGCUUGAGAGCGACACGGGCAAUCUUCAGAUUGAUGAAGCUGUUGUCACCACAGCUCCACUAUACAAUCAGAUAUUGAAUCUUUUUGCUGAAGAGAAUGCCAUUGAAGACACUAUCUAUUAUCUCAGUGAAGCUUUGCGAAAAGAAGCAGUUGAUUCUGAGGUUUUUCUCAAGCAAGUACGAAUUCUGUCCAGGAAGCAGUUUAUGAUAAGAGCAUUGUUACAAAAAGCACGGAGGGCCGCAGGUCUCGGUGAUGUCUCUGGCUCAUGAUUAAUCUAACACACUCCUCCCAGUGCUCCCUUGAGUUGCCUUUUAGGAAAUAGACACAAAAUAUUGGCAUGGGAACCAAAGAUGAUGAACGCUCAAAUAAAAGCUGGAGACAACAAUCGUAAAUUACAUGAAAAAUCUUGUCUUGUCUUAAUGAAAAAGUCAAGAUAACACUAUAUGACGUCGGUAUCCAAAAAAAGACAUGCCACCUUGGAUAUGUGAAAAGAUUGUUGAUGGUAAAUAAAUGGCUGUCAUGGAAAUGGUAAAAUAGUUCACCAUGAAGAUUUCAAGAUAGUGGUUACAAUGGUAGUAAUAUUAAUGUCACAUAAGAGAUUAUUGUUUAAAGCUUGAGGCCCAAAAAGUAAGGAAAUGAGGAAAAAUUGUUAGACCAAUAAUAAGGAUUAGGUUUACUUGGAAAAUUCCAGUGUUCUUAAUUGGCUGUUUAAAACUUGUCAUAAGACCAUGCUCAAUGCUUAUUCUGAUUUGUUUUAUGUAAAUUAUAUAGUUAGACUAAAAGGCAGUUAUUAAAUUGUACAUAUUCGA